AUGGAAAACUGGCUCGUCGGCGCUCCAAGCCGUCGUCUUCUCCAUCACUUUCACUCUCCUCCUCAGCGUCGGCUUGCCAUCCGCGUCCAGCCGAUGGCCAAAUCGCAUUUCGAGUAUGUUCGUGCCUUCGAGGCGAAUGACGUCUGUUUGCCGAAUACUUGGAUUGUCGUCCGUCUGGAUGGACAAAACUUUCACACCUUUGCCGAAAAGCACAGCUUCAAGAAGCCCAACGAUCUCUCAGCUCUCCGACUGGCGGCAGUGGCGGCCGAGCGAGUUCUCCGUCAGCACACAGACUCCAUACUGGCCUAUGGGCAUAAGCUGAUGACUACCGUCGUUUCACUCUUCUCCUCGACCUACACCUUCGAGUGGCCACGCGUCAUGCCGGCCGAUCAGCCGCUGCUCUACCCGCCGGCUUUCGAUGCUCGUGUCGUUCUCUACCCAACGGACCGAAACCUGAGAGAUUACCUGGCCUGGAGGCAAGUCGACUGCCACAUCAACAAUCUGUAUAACACCUGCUUUUGGAAGCUGGUUGGACAAGCCGGAAUCAGCCCGGCAGAGGCAGAAAGCCAACUCAAGGUAGGCUGUAGCCAAGACAAUGCGGGCUUCGAGUAA